GAAAAAUAAAAGGAUAAAGGGUCACUUUUAAAAAAUUUUAAAAAAAAAGUUUUAAGAUUCUUAAUAAAGUAAAUGAAAAUAAUCAGAGAGGAUUAUGCACUACUCAUUUUUGCAAUAGAAUGAUUAAUUGCACUGUGAAAUGAAUUAAAUCAAAUUUGAGGCCAUAAAAAUAUUAUAAAAAAUAUAAUUUAAAAGAGUAUACUGCUAGCAAUAAUUAUUAAAUCAAGUGCCUAUCAAUAGCUCAAGGAAAUCUACUCCUAAGAAGACAAUUAUUGAUCCAUAAGCAGUGACCUAACGCCAACUCUCCCAUUAGAAUAAAGUUAAACCCUAUUUAGACAUUAAUAAUCUAAUAUCAGUGAAUAACAAGGAUGUGUACAUGGUGCCCAGCAGCACGACGCAGCAGCAGCAGAAGUCGAGACCCAGCAGCACGACGCAGCAGCAGGUGACCCAGCAGCAGCAGUAACCAUGACGCGUCUGUGGCAGCAGCAGAGGUCGAUACCCACCAGCACGACGCAGCAGCAGGUGGCCCAGCAGCAGCAGUAACCACGACGUGUCUGUCGCAGCAGCAGGUGUCGUUGGCCAUGGACGCGUCUGUGUACAGGAGAGUAGUCAUUUUUUCUUUGUGGAGCUUAUGAAAAUCUUCAUUGUUUCCUCCUACAAAAUAAAGCGUUACAGAAAGUAUCUUUCUUUUUGGUCAACAAUUCCAUUGCAUCCAUAGCAAACAAAUGACGACGGGGAUCGUAGAAUUACUAGUAAUUCCACUUAUAGGGGCUGCUCUUCAGGUGCUGUUCGCCAAGUUAGCGUCUCGAGGGUUCUGGCACUUGUUCAAGAAACGAGGACUCGAACUUAAGCAGUUGGCGGAUCUGAAGUUUUUAGUACUGACUAUAAUUGCAGUGCUGACUGAUGCAGAGGAGAAGGAAAUUUCAAACCCGUCAGUGAAAGUGUGGGUGGACGAGCUUAAAGAUGCUGUUUAUGAGGCAGAGGAUGUGCUGGAUGAGAUUUUCAUCAGCAGAGAUCAGAAUCAGGCUCGUAACUCUGAUCUCAAGAAGAAAGUGGAAGAUGUAAUUUCUCGACUGAGAUCUGUAGCUGAACAGAAAGACGUCCUUGGUUUCAAAGGACUGGGAGGGAAAACACCAUCAAGGUUGCCAACGACUUCAUUAAUGAGUGAACCUCAAGUGUUUGGUAGAGAAGAUGAAGCAAGAGCAAUUCUUGAAUUUUUAUUACCAGAUGGUGGGAAUGACAAUCAAAUUCCCGGGGCGAUCGAGAACGGUCAUGUUUUUGCAGCAAAUGAGAAUGGAGACCCUGUAAUGAACGAGAAUGAACGCGAAGCGCAUGAGAAUGGAUCUCCAGCUGGUGGUGAAAAUGGAGGACCAGGGAACAGAGGUCUAGACGUCGAUGAGAAUGGAGGACCAGAAGAUGAGGAUGGUGUUUGGGCGAAUAACCAUGAGAACGAAGCCCCAGUGGAAGACAAUGUAGUCCUAUUAAAUGAGAACCAAGUUGCUAUGAACCAGGAGGAAAUCCCUGUCCUUUCAAUUGUUGGGAUGCCAGGGGUCGGCAAGACAACUCUUGCUCAACUUUUGUUCAAUUGCAAGACUGUAAAAGACAAUUUUAAUCUGAGAGUAUGGAUUCAUGUAUCAGAGGAAUUCGAUGUUCUCAAAGUAACUAAACUUAUUUAUCACAAUGUCAUUUCUGGUGAUUGCCCUACUUUGGAAUUGAAUAAACUGCAGGUCAGUCUACAGGCGGCCCAAACUGCUGACUUAAAUAUGCUUCAAGUCAGAAUACAGGAGGCUUUGAGGGGAAAGAAACUUCUAUUUGUUCUGGAUGACAUUUGGAAUGAAAGUUUUAAUCACUGGGAUGUUCUGAAGAGGCCAUUUAAAGAUGUGGCCUCUGGGAGUAGAAUUAUUUUGACAAGUCGCAGUAUCAGUGUUGCAUCAACAAUGCGUGCUGCUCGUAUUCAUCAUCUACCUUGUUUAUCUGAGAAUGAUUGCUGGUCCUUAUUUAUUAGCCAUGCUUGCAGGCCUGGAAUAGACUUAGACACUGAGCAUCCAGAACUGAAGGAAAGAAUUCUGAAGAAGUGCAGUGGCUUGCCUUUAGCUGCAACAGCACUUGGGGCACUCUUGUACUCUAUAGAGGAGAUCGAUGAAUGGAAUGGUGUAUUGAAUAGCGAAAUAUGGGAGCUUCCAAGUGAUAAGUGCAGCAUACUUCCAGUUUUAAGAUUGAGUUACUAUCAUCUUCCUUCUCAUCUUAAACAAUGCUUUGCUUAUUGCUCCAUAUUUCCCAAGGGCUUUCAAUUUCGAAAGGAACACUUGAUUCGUCUAUGGAUGGCUCAGGGGUUGGUGAGGCAGCACAAGAAUAAAAGGAGAGAAGAGGUGGGUGAUGAGUGCUUCCGUGAACUAUUAUCAAGGUCAUUCUUUCAACAAUUCGGCAGUCAUGACAAACCAUAUUUUACAAUGCACGAUCUUUUCAACGAUUUGGCUAGAGAUGUAGCAGGAGAAUUCUGUUUUAACUUUGAAGAUGGCACCCCAAAUGAUAUUGGGGAAAAGAUUCGCCAUUUUUCAUUCUUAGCUGAGAAAUAUGAUGUUCCUGAAAAGUUCGAUUCCUUCAAGGGUGCUAAUCAUUUGCGGACAUUUUUGCCGCUCAAAUUGGUAUCUUCGCAACAGGUUUGUGCUUUGAGUAAUUCCGCUUUAAAAAGCUUGUUGAUGGCAUCCAGUCAUUUGCGUGUUCUAUCGCUGUCACCAUAUCCAAUCCCCAAAUUAGAUGACUCCAUUAGUAAUUUAAAAUACCUUCGCUACUUGGAUCUUUCUCACAGUUUGAUUCAAGCUCUACCUGACCCUAUUUGUUCAUUGGACAACUUGGAGACCUUGCUGUUGCUAGAAUGUCGUAACCUCACUAAGCUGCCUAGAGACAUGAAGAAACUUAUCAAUCUCCAGCAUCUUAAUAUUAACAAAACUAAGUUAAAUAAGAUGCCGCCACAAUUUGGUAGACUGAAGAAGCUCCAUGUAUUGACUGAUUUUGUCGUGGGGGAUAGUGGCUCUAGCAUUAGCGAGUUGAAACAGCUUUCUGAUCUUGGGGGAGCACUUUCCGUACUGAAUCUGGAGAAGGUUAAAGUUGCAGAUGCUGCUGGUGCCAAUUUGAAGGAGAAAAAGUAUCUUAGUGAAUUAGUUUUCCAAUGGACGAAGGGAAUUCAUCAUAAUGCCCUAAAUGAAGAAACAGUGCUUGAUGGGUUACAGCCUCAUGAGAAUUUGAAGAAGCUCGCUAUACUAAACUACGGCGGUGGGAAUUUUCAGACGUGGUUGGGAGAUGCUUCAUUCUCAAAAAUGAUGUAUUUGCGUCUUGUUGGUUGUGAAAAUUGUUCAUCCUUGCCUUCACUUGGGCAGCUAUCUUGUCUCAAGGAAUUCCAUGUUGCCAACAUGAAAAAUCUAAGAACUGUGGGUGCUGAAUUCUGCCGGACUGCUGCUUCUUCAAUUCAGCCAUUCAAAUCCCUUGAAAUUCUGAGGUUCGAGGACAUGCCAAUCUGGUCGUCAUUCACCGUUGAAGUACAGCUCCCCCGCCUCCAAAAGCUUCAUUUGCAUAAAUGUCCAAAUCUGACCAACAAACUACCAAAGCAUCUUCCUUCCUUGUUAACACUUCAUAUCUCUGAAUGUCCCAAUUUGGAAUUGGGAUUUCUGCACGAGGACACAGAGCACUGGUACGAGGCACUAAAGAGUCUCGAAAUAAGCAGUAGCUGCAAUUCUAUAGUUUUCUUUCCAUUAGACUACUUCACCAAACUUGAAAAUCUUCAAAUUCAGGGUUGUGUUCAUCUUAAAUUUUUUAAGCAUUCACCUUCUCCUCCAAUAUGUCUCCAAAACUUGCAUAUUCAAGAUUGUUGUCUCCUAGGAUCUUUCCCUGGAGGUAGACUUCUGUCCAACCUACAGUCACUGUCAAUCAAGAAUUGCAAUAAUCAGCUCACACCCAAAGUUGACUGGGGUUUACAUGAAAUGGCUAAACUCAAUUCUUUAGAGAUUGAAGGUCCGUACAAAGGCAUUGUAUCGUUCCCUGAAGAGGGUCUGUUGCCUGUCAAUCUUGAUUCUCUUCAUAUCAAUGGGUUUGAGGAUCUCAGGUCUCUCAACAAUAUGGGACUUCAGCACCUCAGCCGUCUUAAAACGUUGGAGAUUGAAAGCUGCAAGGACCUCAAUUGCAUGUCGGUGGGGAAGCUGCCUCCGUCCCUCGCUUGUUUGAAUAUUAGCGAUUGCCCUGACAUGGAGCGAAGAUGCAAACAAGGAGGGGCAGAAUGGGACAAGAUUUGUCACAUCUCCAAAAUAACCAUUGAUGGCGAUGAAGUCAAUUGAAAAGGACAUCUGCGAAGCAGAAAAAUAAACACCCCCAACUUAAACACAGAGAAUGGGAACACUCGCAGGAAGGGAUUCAAGUGCAUAUUGGAAAGUAGGAUUUUACAGGUUUACUUCAACUUCAAAAGCUACUGUUACUGGUACUAUAAUAGAUUUUCUAUGUGCUAUGUUCAAUUUGGAUAAUGAUAACUCUUUUUACAUUAGCUUUAGCAUGAUUGUUGUAAGAUGGACAUUUGUCUUGCCCUUUCUCUUUCUCUUUUCUCUUUCCUCUUUUGUUUAGUUUAUUUAAGAAACCCUGAAGUGUAAACUCAUCAGUAUUCUAUUUUUUCUUUUGGAGAAUGAUUUUUGGUACAAAUCGAGACAUCUCUCGAGCUA